AUGACAGUAAGGACUUCAUGAAUUUAUUUAUCCAUUUAUCCUGCAACAUAACACGCUCUUAAAGACACGUGCAUAGAAAACGACAUAGUGAAGAGAGGUGCUCCUAGGGUGUUAGCAGUGAAGGCAGUGGGCAGGGCUGAGGCAAAUGAGAUCAGUCACUUCAGCCACUUCAGCCCCGUGCUGCACACAACUUUUCUCCUCAGGAUUCAUACCAACCGCUUGUGUAUGAUUAAAGAUAAUCUGCUUUACAAAUCCCACACAAGCAUAAAAAAAUGGAAGAUUUCUAUUAUCAUGACGAUGAGAACUCCAGCAUAAACGACACUUACGAUUACAAUUACGAGCACUCUGUUUGUGACAAGGAAGCAGUGCGCUCUUUUGCCGGUGUCUUCCUCCCGGUCAUAUACGCCCUGGCUCUGGUGGUGGGCCUGGCCGGGAAUGCCCUGGUAGUGGUGGUGUACGCAUCAAAGGUGCGACUACGAACCCUGACAGAUGUGUGCAUCCUUAACCUCGCCAUUUCAGACCUGCUGCUUCUCUUCACCCUGCCUUUCUGGGCGGCGGAUGCCAUCCAUGGCUGGAAGUUGGGUUCGGCAGCCUGCAAGCUCACGUCCUUCCUCUACAGUGCCAACUUCAGCUGUGGCAUGCUUCUGCUAACGUGCAUCAGUGUGGACCGCUACCGUGCUGUAGCCCAGAAUCCAACAGGCAGGUCUGCGACAGGUCCCCGUGUCAGGAGACAGUGGCUCCUGGUGUGUGUGGUGUUGUGGGUUGUAGCCAGCUUUCUUGGCCUUCCCGAACUAAUCUUCUCCACAGUGAAGCACUCCCAUCAAAGGAUGGCCUGUACAGCAGUCUACCCAACCAACAUGGCCCGGCCGGCAAAGGCUGCCCUGGAGCUGCUAGAGGUGACCCUUAGAUUCCUGCUCCCUUUCUUGGUCAUGGUGGUUUGCUACAGCUGGGUUGGCCGGGUGCUGAGCCGGGCAGCUGGGGUGCGGAGAGACCGGAAGUGGCGUGCCCUGCGGGUCCUGCUGGCUGUGGUGGCUGUAUUCCUGCUCACCCAGCUCCCCUACAAUGUGGUCAAGCUGUGCCGAGCGAUGGACGUCAUCUACAUCCUGGUGACAGACUGUGAAGUUAGCAAGGGCCUGGAUCGUGCUGUCCAAGUGACAGAGAGCCUGGCGCUGACCCACGCCUGCAUUAACCCGGUCCUCUAUGCCUUCAUCGGAUCCUCCUUCAGGGGACGCGUCCUCAAGGCUGCUAAGCUCCUUGGACAGCGACUUGGGAGACACCCGAGACACGUCAACGAGGAGCUGGCAGUGGAGAUUGCACUUAACACGCGCACUCAAACGCAAUCCCAGUCGGGUUCUGAGCAAGACACGAGCACCUUUACUAUUUAAGACUCAAAACAUGCAUCUACUUCCUGUAAACGCCAACACAAAAUUAUAUGUCUAUGUAUAUAUAUUUACACAUCUUUACUAUCACACAAGAUAGACUUGAAUAAUCGUUACUAUUCAUUCUUAAUGUAAUAAAUAAAUGUACAGUGAGUUUAUAUGCACUAACUUAGCAGCAAAGCAAGUAUUUUGUAUAAAUUAUGUGUUUUGUUAAAUAAAAGAUUUUCAGUGACACACCUCUACCAACAUCUGAUGCAAUGAAAUGCAACUGAAACUCACGACGCUCUAAGUAUUGCUCUAGUUCCUCGCAACAAAUCCAAUUCAACCUUACAGUCUGCGCUGCCUUCCUAGAGAUCAUCUGCAUCUCAUUCAAACACAUCCCGUGGCUUUGAGACGGGAUGACGGACCGCUUGAUUGCACAGUGGGUGUCCUAUUGAGUUGCAAAAACAUUUGGCAAACAAACACAGAACAGCAAACAGCAGGCAGGACCCUUCCAUGCCAUCAAACUGGAAAAAACAGGAAAGUGGCAUGUUCUUUGGAGGAGCUAUAAGUGUAACUGACGUUUUUAUCCACUUGUGUUUUUUAUAUUUCAUUUAUAUCAGCUUGAAAAAGCAAAUGGUUUGCAGUAGAGUGCAAUCCUUAAUUGUAUGUUGUGGAUUAACAUUUUAGUGGUAUGUUCAUUCCAGAGUGCUAAAAAUGGUCUUUUCCACUAAGAAAUGACUCACUGCCAUCAUAUAACAUCAUCCUCAAGCUAACCCUAAUAAAUUCACCACAUAUCAAAUCACA